AUGGCGUGUCCCCUGGAGCAGGCGCUGGCGGUGAUAGUGUCCACCUUCCACAAGUACUCAGGGAAGGAGGGGGACAAGUACAAGCUCAGCAAGCAGGAGCUCAAGGAGAUGCUCAUGAAGGAGCUGCCCAGCUUCAGCGUAAGUAGACAAACCAGCGAGGCCAGCAUACAGCAGCUCAUGUGCCACCUGGACAGCAAUAGUGACAGCGAGGUGGAUUUCCAAGAGUACGUGACCUUCCUGGCCUGCAUGGCCAUGAUGUGCAACGACUUCUUCCAGGACUGUCCUGACAAGAUGCCGCACAAGAAGUGA